AGGCCCCUGGCGCUCCGCCUCCCGGGGCCCUCCCCCGGCUCCAUCUUGCCGGCGACCAGGGUUGGGCUGUGACGCUGCUCCCUCGGGUCAGAAUGUCAUACCCAGGCUAUCCCCCAACAGGCUACCCACCUUUCCCUGGAUAUCCUCCUGCAGGUCAGGAGUCGUCUUUUCCCCCUCCGGGUCAGUAUCCUUAUCCUAGUGGCUUUCCUCCAGUGGGAGGAGGGGCCUACCCCCCAGCCCCAAGUAGUGGCUACCCUGGAGCUGGAGGCUACCCCGCCCCUGGAGGUUAUCCAGCCCCCGGAGGUUAUCCUGGUGCCCCACCACCAGGGGGAGCUCCAUCCUAUCCAGGAGUUCCUCCAGGUCAAGGGUUUGGCGCCCCACCAGGUGGAGCAGGCUUUUCUGGCUAUCCACAGCCGCCCUCACAGUCUUAUGGUGGCAGCCCAGCACAGGUCCCACUACCUGGUGGCUUUCCUGGAGGGCAGAUGCCUUCUCAGUAUCCUGGAGGACAAGCUCCUUACCCAAGUCAGAUCAAUACAGAAUCCUUUCCUUCCUAUCCUGUUUUCUCUCCUGUUUCUUUGGAUUAUAACAGUGAACCUGCUGCGAUGACUCAGGGAACUCAAGGAACAGUCCGACCAGCUGCCAACUUUGAUGCCAUGAGAGAUGCAGAAAUUCUUCGUAAAGCAAUGAAAGGUUUUGGGACAGACGAGCAGGCAAUUGUGGACGUUGUGGCCAACCGUUCCAACGAUCAGAGGCAAAAAAUUAAAGCAGCUUUUAAGACCAUGUAUGGCAAGGAUUUAAUCAAAGACCUUAAAUCAGAGUUAAGUGGAAAUAUGGAAGAACUGAUCCUUGCCCUAUUCAUGCCACCUACAUAUUACGAUGCCUGGAGUUUACGGAAUGCAAUGAAGGGAGCAGGAACUCAGGAGCGUGUAUUGAUUGAAAUUUUGUGCACGAGAACAAAUCAGGAAAUCCGAGAAAUUGUCAGAUGUUAUCAGUCAGAAUUCGGACGAGACCUUGAAAAGGAUAUUAGGUCAGAUACAUCUGGGCAUUUUGAACGCUUACUGGUAUCCAUGUGCCAGGGGAAUCGUGAUGAGAACCAGAACGUUAACCACCAGUUGGCUCAGGAAGAUGCUCAGCGUCUCUAUCAAGCUGGUGAGGGAAGACUAGGGACAGAUGAAUCCUGCUUUAACAUGAUUCUUGCCACAAGAAGCUUUCCUCAACUGAAAGCUACUGUGGAGGCUUAUUCCAGGGUGGCUAAUCGAGAUUUGCUAAGUAGUGUUGCCCGUGAAUUUUCUGGAAAUGUUGAAAGUGGUUUAAAGACCAUCUUGCAGUGUGCCCUGAAUCGCCCUGCCUUCUUUGCUGAGAGGCUCUACUAUUCUAUGAAAGGUGCCGGCACAGAUGACUCCACCCUGGUCAGGAUUGUGGUCACUCGAAGUGAGAUUGAUCUUGUACAAAUAAAACAGACCUUCAGUCAGAUGUAUCAGAAGACCCUGGGCACAAUGAUUGCGAGUGACACAAGUGGAGAUUACCGAAAGCUUCUUCUGGCCAUUGUGGGCCAAUAGGAGGGAUUUUUUUUUUUUUUUUUUUUUUUUUUUUUAAUAAAUGAAGCAUAUCCUUCAGUGAUUGACCUGCAUGCAGCAGUAUCAUCCAUCACCUAACCAAAAGAGCUUUUUACUAAGGACCGUGUCAGGGUAUUGUGCUUGGUUUGCACAUGUGGUUACUGCCUUAAUUCCAAUGUUAUUUUUUUCUCUAUAUACAAUCAAUUUGAAGCCAUAUCACAAUGAUGUACUAAUGCAAUGGUUGUAAGGCAUAAUUCACACUGUUCUUAUCCUAAUCAGGAUCCCAAAUUGAAUAAAAAAAUCACAGCAGUUUCCAAGUCUGCAUAAUAAAGCUGAAUAAAAGAAAAA